AUGCGCGCUGCUGUUUCUGGACCUGUAUAUCCACCAGAGGAAGGCCGAGUUCGUCCAAGGACAGAUCGUGACCUUAAAAUUCAACGUGCUCCCUUUUCUAACUCAAUUUCCGUUCAGCCGCAUGCCCCCGGGGGCGUUCUGAACUCUCAUCCCCAUAAUCAACCGCCCAAUAUAACCCUUAAUGAACGACUGCGCAAUGAAAUUAAUCUGUGUCGUGAGAAGAUGUCGGUUUCGUUAAUAGCACCGAAACUGGAGCCGACUAAGAUUUCUCCCAAAAUAUCUUCUCCUGCUCACAACUCACCACAAGCAGCCUUAAUUACAAGUCCGACGCGCGCGGUUGCAACAAAAGUGACAACUGUGUGCUCGCCGACAAAAGAGGCCGCUCCCACGGGUGUGUCUGCCUUACCUACCGGGGGUGCGAAUACCGAGGUGAAAGUCGAACAGAAUGCUGCUGCAUCCCAGGUGACAGCAAAGAAAAGACGUGCUCCAGCCAAACGCAAGCGGGCGGUUGCAAAGCGGUGGAAGCGUGAUUCGGAAUCCGACUUUGAGUUCGAUGCUCGGCUUGGCCCCCGUCGAGCAAGAAAUGCAGUGAAUCUUGUAAAAAGUGUUAAAGAAAAAGCAAAGAGGUAA